AUGGUCCUCUUCCCGACCCAACCCUGAUACGUGCCAAUGUGCCAAACCAGAUGAUGAAUCGCAUGCAGGCGCAGCCAGGGAUGAAUCAGUUUGGCCAGAUGAACAUGCAGCUGUCACCAAUGGGACCCCGGCAAACCCCUCCUCUUCAGCACCCUGGACAGCUAAGCCAGUCUGGGGCCAUGAACCAGAUGGGAUUUCCUUCACGUAUGCAGCAACCAGGAGUUGGCCAGCCUUCUGGUCAGAAUCAGUUUCUACAACAGACCCAGUUCCCUGCUUCUUCCCCGGGAAUGAACACAGCGAGCCUGCCUAUGACUCAGCCUGGCAAUCAGACACCAGUUUCUCAAGCACAAAUGACAAGUGCUUCCUGUCCUGUGAAUUCUCCUGCAAUGGCUCCAGGUUCUCAAGGGAGUCAUAUUCAUUGCCCACCUCUUCCACAGCCUCCCAUGCACCGAAAUUCUCCUUCUCCAGUACCUAGCCGAACCCCAACACCUCACCACACACCCCCAGGCUUGGGAUCACAGCAACAGCAGGCAGCAGCAGCUGCCACUACUGCACCUACACCUACUCCUCAGGCAAUGCCACCUGGACCACAGCCGCAAACUAUGCACCCCCCUCAAAGGCAGACUCCAACACCUCCACAGGCACAGCUGCCUCCACAAGUCCAGCCUCCAGUGCCAGUUACCCCUUCUGCAGAGCAACAGCAGCAGCCCUUGUCACAGCAGAGCACGACUGCAUCUGUUCCCACACCAACAGCACCGCUGCAGCCUCAGCACCCCACAACACCUCUUUCACAGCCAGGUGUAAGCAUUGAUGGGCAGGUAUCCAACCCCCCAUCCACCAGCAGCACAGAGGUGAACUCUCAGCAGACUGUUCCAGAGCAGCAGCAGCCACCCUUGCAGGAAGUGAAAAUGGAUAUUAAAACAGAUGAAGGGGAACCAGAACAGACAGAGCUGCAAAUGGAGGACAAAUCUGAGGUUAAAGUAGAACCGGUCGUGGAGGAGUGUAAACCAGACCCAAUGGAGCAAGAGGAGAAGAAAUCUGAAGUGAAGACUGAAGUGCCAGAGGGGGAAGAAAGACCUACCACUCCAGCAACGCAGUCUUCUCCGGCAGCUGGGCAAUCUAAGAAAAAAAUUUUCAAGCCAGAAGAGUUGCGGCAGGCGCUUAUGCCAACACUGGAGGCACUUUACCGUCAGGAUCCAGAGUCUCUUCCAUUUCGACAGCCUGUGGAUCCCCAGCUACUAGGAAUUCCUUUCUGUAGUAGUGUUUUGAUAUGCUGCGUAUUCUUCCAGGAUUAUUUUGACAUAGUGAAGAAUCCCAUGGACCUUUCUACUAUCAAGAGGAAGCUAGACACAGGACAGUAUCAGGAACCGUGGCAAUAUGUAGAUGACAUCUGGCUCAUGUUCAAUAAUGCCUGGCUGUAUAACCGCAAAACAUCCAGGGUAUAUAAGUACUGUUCCAAACUGGCAGAGGUGUUUGAGCAAGAAAUUGACCCAGUUAUGCAGAGCCUUGGUUAUUGCUGUGGAAGAAAGUUGGAGUUCUCGCCACAGACUUUGUGUUGCUAUGGCAAACAGCUAUGCACAAUCCCUCGAGAUGCCACUUACUACAGUUACCAGAACAGUUCACCCAAAUAUGGCCUUCUUGCUGACAGGUAUCAUUUCUGUGAGAAGUGCUUCAAUGAAAUCCAAGGGGAGAGCGUUUCUCUGGGAGAUGACCCAUCACAACCUCAAACCACGAUAAACAAAGAACAGUUUUCAAAAAGGAAAAACGAUACACUGGACCCUGAACUAUUUGUUGAAUGUAUAGAGUGUGGAAGAAAAAUGCACCAGAUCUGUGUUCUUCAUAAUGAGAUAAUCUGGCCUUCUGGCUUUGUCUGUGAUGGCUGCCUAAAGAAAACAGGACGAACCAGGAAAGAGAAUAAGUUCUCUGCUAAAAGGUUACCAGCUACAAGACUUGGUACCUUCUUGGAGAACAGAGUCAAUGAUUUCCUAAGAAGACAGAAUCACCCUGAGGCAGGGGAGGUUACAGUUAGGGUGGUACAUGCAUCUGACAAAACUGUUGAAGUGAAACCAGGAAUGAAAGCAAGGUUUGUAGACAGCGGAGAGAUGGCGGAGUCUUUCCCCUAUCGAACAAAAGCGCUUUUUGCCUUUGAGGAGAUUGAUGGUGUAGACUUGUGCUUCUUUGGGAUGCAUGUACAGGAGUAUGGCUCAGACUGUCCUCCACCCAAUCAAAGGCGAGUGUAUAUAUCUUACCUUGACAGCGUUCAUUUCUUCCGCCCUAAAUGCUUGAGGACUGCUGUCUAUCACGAAAUACUGAUUGGUUAUCUAGAAUACGUCAAGAAACUAGGAUAUACUACUGGACAUAUCUGGGCAUGUCCACCUAGUGAAGGAGAUGACUACAUCUUCCAUUGCCAUCCUCCUGACCAAAAGAUACCCAAACCCAAGCGACUGCAAGAGUGGUACAAAAAGAUGCUGGACAAAUCUGUCUCAGAGCGCAUUGUCCAUGAUUACAAG